AUGCAGGGGCACACAUUCGCAAGCAUUCAGCAACAAAGGAGCGGAGGUCCGUCGGCGGGUCCCCUGGAUCUGCGGCCACCCCCGUCGGCGCCGACGAGGCCCCAGGCCCUUCUCGCGGGGGGUCUGAACUGCGUGAGGCCCACGCCUGUGGGCCUCCACCACCAAGCGGCGCUGCAUCCGGGCCUCAGUCACGUGCUGGCCGGGGCCUACGACGGGCCCGGUCACGUGGUCCACCACCACCAGCCGCAGCACCACGUCCAGGUGGGCCAACAGUACGCGGGGACCUGCGGGGCGCCGCCGGGUCUCGGCGGAUGGCUCGGCAGGCCGCUCUUCUUCACGCUGGCCGCCCCGAAGCCCUCUGGUCGGAGACCCCGCAAGCCCGGCGUGGAGCGCAAGCCGCGGCAGGCAUACAGCGUCAAGCAGCUCGAGAGGCUCGAGGCAGAGUUCAAGGUUGACAAGUACCUCAGCGUCAGCAAGCGGAUGGAGCUCUCGGCUACCCUGAACCUGACGGAAGUUCAAAUCAAGACGUGGUUCCAAAAUAGGCGGACAAAGUGGAAGAAGCAGAUGACAGCGCGAAUGAAGCUCGCCCAACGCCAGGGUCUGUGGUCACCUCACUACCUGAGCCCGAGUCACGCCUUCGGACCUUUCCUGGGUCCUCCGGGCUUCUUCGCUGCUCCCCCGGGACCCACGUCGGGGCCCUGCGCGGACUCGGGUCCCCUCGGCCAGCUGUGCCGAGACGUGAGCCCGGGCUCAUCGCCGAACCACAGGGACGACGAGGACAGUUCCGCCGAGGACAACAAGUAG